GGUGGGUGGGUGGCUGGGGGGAAGAUAUUUACCUUCCUUCCCCCGCCCUGAGCCUGCUCCUUUGUCCACCCACUUUGAAGUGCUUCUGGGAUCGCCGGGGUGGGAGCAUUGUUGUACGUUAGCAAAGGAUCAGGCAUGCCGGGGAGAGAGUAGCGAGUAUACGGAGGGGCACGGGCCGGCAAAAGCUGCAAGGAGACGGGGAGGAGAGACUGCUGCGAGGAUUGCUGUUUGCCUCCCGGUUUCCCUGCAUGGACCGUGAAAGAGACGCGUUGAGUUGACCCUGCCGGAGCUGUUUCUGCCUCUACAUGUGAGAUCCGGUUGGUUUCUUCUCUCCAGUUAUCUCUCUCUAGCCUCCUUCCCGUGUUCUCCACAUACUCCUGUAUGCAAAAUGGUGGACCCUGUGGGGUUUGUGGAGGCUUGGAAAGCACAAUUUGCAGACUCUGAGCCUCCUAAAAUGGAGCUGAAAUCUGUGGGAGACAUUGAACAGGAGCUGGAGAUGUGCAAAGCAUCUAUCCGGAGACUGGAGAUGGAGGUCAACAAGGAGAGGUUCCGCAUGAUUUACCUGCAGACUCUUUUGGCAAAGGAGAAAAAAAGCUAUGAUAGACAGCGAUGGGGUUUUAAACGUGUUUCUCAGUUGCCUGAAGGGGGUGCAGAGCAGCAGAUCCAAGACCUGCAACACCAGUCUGCUGACCAAGAUGAAUAUGAAAAAAGCAAGUCACACCACGGGGAGGAAAAGUUCAAACCGAGGAUACCCUCUCUGCGGAAGUUGUCUACCCAGAGUGAUGGGUCAGACCUGUCGCCUUUGGACAGCCCCCAUCAUGCAGAGGGAGAGCAGGACAGGUGUAAGUACUAUGGUGAAGAGAAACUGAAGAGAGUUGUAGAAGAUAUGGAGAAUCGCUGUGAUACAGAUGGCUCUCCUUCAAAACACAGAUCGGCUUCCACUCGCAGGCUAGUGGGAUCUGCUGAGAAGGAGGCAUCAUUUGAACCUAUCUCUAAGGAGAGAGGGAACAGCACCAGUGUGGCAGCCCUAAGGUCCAAUUUUGAGAGGAUUAAAAAGGUCAAUUCGCAUUCUUCUGGAGAUAACAAGGAUGUUGUUGAAAAGCCCUUUUACGUGAACAUGGAGUAUCAUCAUGAGAAGGGUCUAGUAAAGGUCAACGAUAAAGAUGUCUCUGAUAAAAUAAGCUCCCUUGGUAGCCAAGCCAUGCAAAUGGAACGCAAAAAGUCUUUGCACUCCCUCCCUUCUAACAUGGUACCCAGCUUCACCGAGUUCCAGAGGCCUGCUUAUAGGGGAAGGUCCUCGGAGAGCAGCUUUGGUUAUGAUGGAGAAUAUGAGGAUGCUGAACUGAACCCCAGGUUUCUCAAAGAUAACUUGAUUAAUGCCAAUGGCAGCAACCGCUCACCUUGGCAGCCCAUGGACUUUCAGCCCUAUCAAAGUAUCUAUGUUGGUGGAAUGAUGGGGGAAGGAGAAGGAAAAGGUCCUAUUCUGCGAAAUCAGGGCACAACUGAUCAGGAAAAACAUCUCACGUGGCCCAGGAGAUCUUAUUCCCCCCGGAGUUUUGAAGAUAUUGGAGGAGGAUAUACUCCAGAUUGUAGCUCUAAUGAGAACCUCACCUCCAGUGAGGAAGACUUCUCCUCAGGGCAGUCCAGCCAUGUCUCCCCCAGCCCCACCACUUAUCGCAUGUAUCGGGACAAAAGCCGUUCCCCCUCGCAAAACUCUCAGCAGUCCUUUGACAGUAGCAGUCCACCAACCCCCCAGUCUCAGAAACGGCACAGGCAGCAGCAGGUCAUUGUGUCUGAGGCUACUAUUGUGGGCGUACGAAAAACAGGACAGAUCUGGCCAAGUGAUGGAGAUUUGCCUUCUGGGAGAUGUCACCAGGACAGCUGCUUCCAUGGGGAUACAGAUGCUUCAUUCAGUGGCACACCACCUAGCUAUGCCUAUGAUGCAGACCGUGCUGAAGAACAGAGGCGACAUCAUGAUAUGAUGCCCUAUAUUGAUGACUCGCCAUCAUCCUCACCCCAUCUCAGUUCCAAGAGUCGGGGCAGCCGAGACACCCUAUCUUCAGGGUCUCUGGAAUCUACAAAAUCAAGUGAGCCAGACCUGGAGAAAGGCCUGGAGAUGAGAAAAUGGGUCCUAUCAGGAAUCCUAGCCAGUGAGGAAACCUACCUGAGCCACCUGGAGGCUCUGCUGCUGCCUAUGAAGCCUUUGAAAGCAGCUGCCACCACCUCUCAGCCUGUGCUGACUAGUCAGCAGAUUGAGACAAUAUUCUUUAAAGUGCCUGAGCUCUAUGAGAUCCACAAAGAAUUCUACGAUGGGCUCUUUCCCCGAGUGCAGCAGUGGAGUCACCAGCAGCGUGUAGGGGACCUCUUCCAGAAGCUGGCCAGCCAGCUGGGAGUGUACCGGGCCUUUGUGGAUAACUAUGAAGUUGCUAUGGAGACAGCAGAGAAAUGCUGCCAAGCCAAUGCUCAGUUUGCUGAAAUCUCUGAGAAUCUAAAGGCUAGAAGCACAAAGGAAUCUAAGGAUCAGACGACGAAAAAUUCCUUGGAAACUCUAUUAUACAAGCCAGUCGAUAGAGUGACUCGCAGCACACUUGUUCUGCAUGAUUUGCUCAAGCACACUCCAGUGAGCCACCCUGAUCAUCCACUCCUGCAGGAUGCUCUGCGGAUUUCACAGAACUUCCUCUCCAGCAUCAAUGAGGAGAUCACUCCUCGCCGGCAGUCAAUGACUGUAAAGAAGGGGGAGCACCGGCAGCUGCUGAAGGACAGUUUCAUGGUGGAGCUGGUUGAGGGGGCUCGCAAGCUACGUCAUGUCUUCCUUUUUACUGAUCUGUUCCUGUGUGCCAAGCUCAAGAAGCAGAUCGGAGGAAAAAGCCAACAAUAUGACUGCAAAUGGUACAUCCCCCUCACUGACCUUAGUUUCCAAAUGGUGGAUGAAUCUGAGGCAGUGCCCAAUAUCCCACUGGUACCCGAUGAGGAGCUGGAUGCCAUGAAGAUCAAGAUAUCCCAGAUCAAGAAUGACAUCCAGCGUGAAAAGAGGGCUAAUAAAGGCAGCAAGGUUAUUGAGAGGUUGAAAAAGAAGCUGUCGGAGCAGGAAUCCCUCCUAUUGCUGAUGUCUCCCAACAUGGCUUUCCGGGUACACAAUCGCAAUGGCAAGAGUUACACGUUCCUCAUUUCAUCCGACUAUGAAAGGGCAGAGUGGAGGGAGAACAUCCGGGAGCAGCAGAAGAAAUGCUUUAAAAGCUUCUCACUCACAUCGGUGGAACUCCAGAUGCUGACAAACUCCUGUGUGAAGCUUCAGACAGUCCACAACAUUCCCCUUACUAUCAAUAAGGAAGAUGAUGAAUCCCCAGGUCUCUAUGGAUUCCUGAAUGUCAUUGUCCACUCUGCCACAGGAUUCAAGCAAAGUUCAAAUUUGUACUGCACGUUAGAGGUGGAUUCUUUUGGGUAUUUCGUGAACAAGGCUAAAACUAGAGUUUACAGGGACACCACGGAGCCCAACUGGAAUGAGGAGUUUGAGAUUGAGCUGGAGGGCUCACAAACUCUGCGGAUUCUGUGCUAUGAAAAGUGCUACAACAAAACCAAGCUUACUAAAGAGGAUGGAGAGAGCACAGAUCGCAUAAUGGGCAAAGGACAGAUCCAGCUGGACCCACAGGUGUUGCAGGACAAAGACUGGCAACGCACGGUCAUCUCAAUGAACGGAGUUGAAGUGAAGCUGUCAGUGAAGUUCACCAGUCGGGAGUUUAGCCUGAAGAGGAUGCCAUCCCGGAAGCAGACCGGGGUUUUUGGGGUCAAGAUAGCUAUUGUCACCAAGAGAGAGAGAUCAAAGGUGCCUUACAUAGUUCGCCAGUGUGUGGAGGAGAUAGAGCGGCGUGGGAUGGAGGAGGUGGGCAUCUACCGUGUCUCUGGGGUGGCAACCGACAUCCAAGCUCUGAAAGCCGCCUUUGAUGUCAAUAACAAAGACGUGUCGGUGAUGAUGAGCGAGAUGGAUGUUAACGCCAUUGCAGGCACCUUGAAACUGUACUUCCGGGAGCUGCCUGAACCCCUCUUCACAGAUGAGCUGUACCCCAACUUUGCUGAGGGCAUUGCACUUUCAGACCCUGUUGCAAAGGAAAGCUGUAUGUUGAAUCUGUUGUUAUCACUUCCAGAGCCCAACCUUGUGACAUUCCUUUUCCUUUUGGACCAUUUAAAAAGAGUUGCUGAGAGGGAAAGCAUUAACAAGAUGUCCCUGCAUAAUCUUGCAACUGUCUUUGGACCAACACUGCUCAGACCUUCAGAGAAGGACAGUAAAAUCCCUGCCAACCCGACGCAGCCCAUCACAAUGACGGACAGUUGGUCACUAGAAGUCAUGUCCCAGGUUCAAGUUCUUCUGUACUUCCUGCAGCUAGAGACUAUCCCUACCCCAGACAGCAAGAGGCAAAGCAUUCUCUUUUCCACAGAGGUGUAGGUGCCUGCGAUACCAACAGGACACAAAAGACUGCUUUUGGCAUAAACCUGCCACACCUGAGAAAAAGACAACUGAUGUUUCUUCAGACAUUGCUGGCCUGUUCCUGCCCCGGGGAACUGCAGCCCUCGGCGCUUCUGCUGUUCGUUAACCAGUGACAAGCUGAAGAGGGAGAAAAGCUUCUGCUCUGGAUUGGUAGGAGCAGAACUGGACUGGAGAUGGAGCUGUGCAGCAUCUCCACUAGGAGGAGCAAUAGACACUUGAACAAAUGCACCACAGUGUGGCUGUUGUUCUUGUCGGGAAUGUGACAGAAGGUAUUCCUCACUUUAUGGAUUUAAUUUAUCAAAAAGAAACUUCAAGAUUUCUACUGGACCACUUGAUAGGAGACCCCUUUUUGGGUGAGGGGGAGUUAAAGAAUCUAUCACAACUGUGUCUUUACUAACUGCUGUUUAUAAAGUACUGUUCUAGGCCACAAAAAUAGUGUUGCUUUGCAAGAGAAGAGCAGAAGGGAAGGGUCUGGGAUCUGAGAUUCCCUCGUCAGAAACUGAAGUCUUGAUUUGACCAGGGUUCUAAAGCAAUUAAACAGGUUUGUGUACAACUCGAGCUGUUGGUUUGUGUGGGGCUUGGGGUUUAGUUUAGUUUAGUUUAUUUUUGUCUUGCCCACCCCUUUCCUUGCAAAUGUUUCCACAGCUCUAGGGAAGGAGAUGCCCUGCUCUUGCCCAGGCUGCACUUCUGAUGGGUCUUGGGUUAAGGGAGCCAGACCUAAUGAUGUUACAUUAUAAAUAAUACAGCAAAUUGAGCAGGCAGGGAGGAUGAGUCAGUGAUUCUGUUGUCUGUUUGCAUAUAAAAGCAGGGGCGAUGUUAUCCAGGCAGGAUUGGUAAAUUCGUUAGGCCCCACCAAACUGCAUGAAAAUUAAUUGGGAAGUCUGUUAAUUCCCAACACUCCAAAGAAAAGAUCACUGCAAAAGGAAUUGAAGGCUUUGUGGACAAAAUAACCCGUGGCUAUCAGUUUGGCGGCUGCUUACUUCAGGCUUUUCUCAGAACAUCUGCUUUUGGGGUUUUUUGGUUUGGUUUUUUUUGAUACUUGAAUUUUUGGAGGCUUUGUACAUUGCUUCUACAAGAGCCUUCUUCUGAUUGCUCCACUUUGAUAAACCAUGUCAGAAUGUACUUCAGGGACAAUCCGGCAAGCAGCAUUCAUUGUGUAUUCUCCAGCAAUUCCAACCCUGUUUUAAAUAAGAGCAGUGAAGAGAUAUCAAUGGAGCUACAUACAGCAGUACAGGUCAAGCCAAACACCGCCUUGUGUUGCCAUGCUUACAGCGGUCAAAGCCCCCGUGGUCACACAGGGGUGCAGGGCAGCUUUGUCCAGGGAGCACAGGACAGUCCAACUGCUGCUGUGCAGAGCAGAGCAUUCCGGCUCUGAAGCAGCUGAGCUGAACACCCUGGGGGAGGGGGGAGCGACUCCAUUUGCAUGAAGCACCCCAAGCCCUUCACUCCCUACCCAGCUCUGCAUUUGGUGCCAUCUGUCCAUCGUCAUCCUGGGGAGGAGAAAAGUACAGCUGGAAGACAAGGGAAGGAAUGGGCAUGAGAAGGGGAGGGAGGGAUGGGUUUGGAAACAUUGGUAGUUAGGCUGUCAACAUCAUUUGAGGGGAAGUAUAACAAAGAAAGCAACCCCUGUUACGUGAAUUUCCCGUUUUCUGAUGGGUGAUCUGCAACCUCUCAACAAAAAGUCAAAGGAAUCUUUCAAACAAAUGGAAAGAAAAUGAAAGGGAAAUGAUUCUGUAGUCACUGGAAUUCUGACGGCUGCGUAUUAGAAAUCAUUGUACUGUGAAGUUGCAAAUUCAAAAAGGAAGAAUUAUAAAGUUCAAUUUUGUGAGUAUAUCAAUAUUUUGCAUGCUUUGUAAGGAUUCUUAUAGGAAUUUACUAUUGCUUAGUAUCCCUCCAUCCCUAGGUCUGGGAGAAAACCUUUUUGUAAUGUAAUGUACAACUAGAAAUUCCUUCUCUCUUGUAUGUAUUUCCACUACAUUCCAACUUCCGAACCUGUAAACCAGAGACAGUGUCUAUAGUAGGAGGUGCUUUUUUGGGGAGGGAGGGAAUGAAGGCAAGGAAACUUGAAGGCGUAAGAUUUUGAUUUUUAUUAUUAUUUGCCUUUUUAAGGUAAAAAUUAGUCACAAUCCUGAAAACCAUUGACUUAAGAACAGUCAUGCAGUAAACCACACGCCCUGGGUUUGGUUUUCUGUAUUUGCUCUCAUUGUCACAUAGCAGUUCCAUAGCAAUCCCUGUCCUGCCAGCGGCACCCCUACCUCUUCCAAGCUGUUGUUUGGGAUCUUGGAGGCAGCAGCAAUGCUGAUGACUUACCUUGAAAGGAGAAAAACCCCAACUGCAGCAGGUGGUUGGUGAAGGCCUUUUCCUUUUGGUGUUUGGAAUCCGUGGCUGCCCUUUGCAGUGUUGAAACUGGAAAGCAAUACCAUAAUGACUGUGCCAAUUUACUUCUGCCCAACGUGUUUAUUUUUAUUUAUAUAGGAGGUUAAUUUUAAUAUUAAAUUACUGAUCUAUUGUAUGUAACCAUGAGAAAAUGGCUUUUGCUUUGGUUACUGUUACAGGUUGUUGCUUUUAGUCUCUCAUUACAAUGCUCAUUUCUACUGUAACACUAUCUAACAUGCAGGCAUGUGGAUCAGGGAAAAAGUUAAUUUAACUUAACCCGUUAAUUAUUUCUGUUAAGUGUGAAUAUGUUUUCCCCAAAGCUGGUAAUUUUGGGCUGGAGAAGGUAGCACAUCCUAUUGCUGAUGAUGAAAUCAUGGACUGAUUGGAAAUAUGAGAAUUGAUUUCUUGAAUUUCCUUUACUUUUGCAAUUAAGUUUUUUCAAAUAGCCUUAUGUUUCCACAAGGAUUUCCAAAAGGUGCUGGUUGGGGUUUGUUUUUUUUUUUGAUACUUUAGUUAUGUUUUUAAUAAACCUUAUCAUACUUAAACAAAAAGGGAAUUGCAAAACUUGGCUUCAGAGAAGGCCUUCUGAUUUCUACUCUGAUCUGUUCCCUUGCAAGCUCUGUCAGAAAAACCUAACUCUUCCAUUUCCUAUGUCACAAAGGUACAAUAUAAACAACAUAAGAGCAAACUAGCAAACAAACUACCCUUUACAUGGGCACUGGGAGUUUAUGUUCUUUCUGUUUCUAGUGUAUUGGAGAGACCUUCCUAAAAGUGUAGCUAUCAGUAACAGAAAUCUGAAAUGUCAGAACUUGAACUUAAGAAACUGGGGUGAUGAGGAUGCUCUGUGUAUCUGCAGGUCAAGGAGAGGAAAAAGCAUCAGUUUCCUGGCAUUUAAAAACUAUUUUAAAGUUAGAAUGUUUUUUUUUUUCUGAACACAGAAGAGUUUAGGUAAAAUUUAAAAAAGUAAAGCAAAUUAUGGGAAGAGUUUUCAGAGAUGGACAAGAAAUAACAGUUAUUAGAUCGGUUUCAGUUUUGUGUUUGGAUGUGCUUUGUAUAGGAGGGGAGCAUCUGAAACCAAAUUGAAACACAUCCAUUAAGAUGCUGCUGGUGUUCUUUAUUCUUGCACAGUUUUAACAAGCGGAGGCAGUAGCUGGGCUUUUUCAAGCUGUACUUCAAUGCUGCUAUUUUUCAGUGGAUCAGCUAAGGGCACGCUAGGGCAGCGCAGUGACUGUAGUUGCUCAUGCCCACUGCCUGCCUCCAUUCUGACCCUUAGUUGCUUUGACGAAGCAAUCGGCCGGCACCGUUUUGAGGCAAAACUGCAACAGUUUCGUUGGCCACAGGGUGGUGGAACCACAGAGUCUGUUCAUGGGAGAUGCGGUAUUUUUACACUUCAUGCAUUUUACCUGUUUAGAAGUCUGUUUUACGGUUGUUUAUGUUAGUUUCCUAUGAGUUUAUUUAAACAAAUGUACUGUUCUUUAAAGCAUAUGUGGAUCUCCGAAUCUGUCACACCUGUAACACUGGAAGGCAUCGCAAUGUGUUCAUUCAUCUUAAUGUGCCAUUCUUUCAAGUAUGUAUAAAAUGUAAAUUGACCAAUAUGGCUUUUAAAAAUGGUGAAAAUCUGAUGGCAAAACCCAACCUUCUCUGAUUCCUCCCUGGUUAACCCCUUGGUUUCAGUGCUUGCUCACCUCCUGGGAUAACAUUUUUGGAUGUGGGACUCUUAGGAAUGAGAAAAGUUUUAAGAAAAAACUGCUGCCUUUCUGUUUUUCCUUCAGUUCAAGAAGGUGUGGCCGUGUGGGAACACACCACAGAUAAAUAUGUUCAUGCUGCGUGUAAGGGGUUUGCUUCAGGUCCUUGAAGAAGCAAAAUCUGAAAGGGCAGUUUCUAAGGGCAUUCGUGUUUAUGCCCUCAUAAAUUUGUAGCCUGGGUAUGUUUUUCUCUGUAAGCUUUGCUGACAUCAUCGUAGUACAGCUAUGAUACUAUUCACUUCCUUUAACACAGGCUGUGUGCGACUGGGAUACUGGAGCUGUAGGUAGAUCUGUAUUAGCGACUCCCCAUUCUGAAGUGGAAUGAAAAGAACAUUCAUAUGUAUUCUAUGGAUUUUCUCAUUGAGUAGAAUUAAAUACAUGCAUUGCCCUUAAAAGCAACAGAAGCCCUAAAGGAAGCACUUAAUGAUUAUUCCUUAAUUUAGGGAGUGAAAGUAAUACAAAAGAGAAGCAUAAUUAGAAAUCACUCAGAUCAUAUUGUCUGGGACUAGAAAGAAGAUCUCAUUCCAAGUUCUGGAAGAAGGCUUACUCCCCAGGUAACUGGGAGCAACAGCUGUCUUGCCAGUAAAUAAACAUUAAUUUAGGAACCCCAGGAAUUUAGCUACUGUAGCCUCCCAGUUCUGUGCUGCGGUCCCUCUUGCUUGCAAUCGAAAAUCCACAGUUCAGUGCUAAGAAUGCAAUGCUUAUCACUUGCUCUCUACAUUUCCCCACACUCCUGUGGCAAUAGACAGGGAGAAGCAUUAGAGUCUGUGUAUUACCAUGGGUAAAACACCACUGCAGAGAACAAAAAAACUAACAGAACCAGAAAGGUAGAUUGGUUUUUAAGGUAAAAGUCUGUUUCUGGCCUGCAAGGAUAAAAUGCCACCAUAUGCUGUAACGAUGAGGUGGUUUGAAACAGUAGGACCAAAGCAAACCUGAGUGUAAACUUGAUUCUCCUCCUCCCUUGCUUAUAUCCCUAGUUCAGGCCUUUUAGGGCAAACAAAUACGUAAAUGCUAUUGCCAUGAAUUAGAAAACUAUUAAAUGACCUCGUUUGCAUCCACUGUUGAUUCUGUGUUACCAUCCAAUAGUGGAAUUGCUGGAGACCCUUGCAGAAACACACAGGUGAACCAUGCAAGCAUUUUCCAUCACUUAAGUCCUUACUGCUGUGUUUCACCUUGCAGUGAGAAAGACCCCUCCUUUUCCAACAGAAAUCACUUCAUGUCAUUCUGCACUGUAAAAACUACCACACGGGGGGGUUCAGUUUGUAGCAGAGCUGCCCCUGAAGAUAACUGAAGUAUUUCCAGUCUUACGGUACGGAAUAGACCAAGUAUUGCUAAAGCUCUGGGCUAGUGUAUUCCUGUUUUGCAAGUUAAAUAAGAUUCCAUUAAUUACACCUGUGCAAACAUAUUUGGGAAUUAAUAUGCUUGAGUCCCCAAGGCUGUGUUUGCUCUGCUGCAGUCAUGUUCAUGUCCUCGUCAAAAACGGAGAAAACUCCUCAUUUUCCACUAGAGCUUUUGUUUGUGUGGCUGUUGCAGCCUUUUUCCCCAGUGACAAGAUGUUCUGAGAACCAAAGACAUUGUACAGAUGCCCCAUUUCUCUAAUCUGCAGAAUGACUCAUGUGGCAAGGCCAUUUUAUAUCCCUGUGGGUGUACAAAAGGGCAGGCUCGCGUACAGAGCAGCUUCCUGCCUGGAAGAAUACAGCAGCUUUCUGCAGAUGACCCAAAACAAGAAUCACAACAGGCAGAGCCGACCAGCGAGCGAUGGCCUUGGUCCUUAGGUGCUCACAUCACUUCUCGGGCAGUUUGAGUGAGAUCCAGAAGGCAGUUAGAGGAAAAAACAUCCAGUUCUUUCUUACUGUGCCUAACUGAAUCCCAGUCUACAUAAAGUAGCUCAAAUUUCCUCCAUUUCAGUGCUAUUUUGGGAGAAAUUAGGACUACACUAACUCUAGGGAUUAUGCAAAUAGCUGAAAACUGAUUCAUAUCUUUUCCAUCUUUCAUCUAUAUGAUGGUAAUGUAAAAGCUGCCAUAGCAAAAGGACAUUUCUUCCCAUUUCUUCCCAACAGCCUCUUCUAAUCCCUUAUUUACUGCUGCUCAAAGCUUCAGAGAAAUCUUGUUUUGGGCUUUGGUUACCUUAUUCUGCAAAACUUGUGGAAUCCUGGAUAAAACUUGGCUACACGGGGACAGAUGUUUCAGGAGCUGGGAUAUCAGUACCAAAAGUGAUUACCAAGGCAGCAAAAGAGGGUAAGGAAUUGUUGUGUUGGAUGCCUGAGAAGCACCGCAAUGAAAGUGAACUUAAAGAUUAUCUAUCUCAGCAGGACACCGUGAAAUGUCCUUUCUGUGUCUGUCCAGCAAAAGAAAUAAAACAAAGCCUCCUCUUGCCUCUGUAAGUUGUGUAGUUUAUUCCUAUCUCUAGUAUUGCAAGUGUUUAUAAUCUGUGAAGAAUUCCAAGGAAAGGAGUUAAGACUAUUUAUUUAAAUAUAAAUACAAUUAAAUUAUAUGAUUAGUGCUAAAUUAUCAGGUGUAGAAGAUGUAUUGUUUGGAUAACUUUGGGUUUCAUCAGAGUUAAUACUGUUGGCAUUGUUUUAACACUACCAUGUUAGGGAGUCAGGUUUUGACAUUUUACACUGCUGUUGCUAUUGCUUCAGUAUCUAAAAGUGCUCUGGUUUUGGAGAAGAAAACCUAAUAGUAGUUUAAUACUGAAAGGUGUUGAAACUGUACUGCUAAACAUCUCUCAGUUUAGGCCCAAAGAGAGAAGAAAAAGGGAAGGGGGGGGGGGAACUGUCAUUCUGGAUGUUUUUUUCUUUUUCUGAGAAAAGUGGUAUAAAAAAGGGAUCAAAAAAACUGUAUUUGGGGAAAAAUGUCUAAGGCAUUUGUAGCCUUUCUUUGUACACAAUGUUAAAUAAAAUCUCCUGUAUCUACGUCAGGUUCUUUUGGUCUUCUUUAACUAAAACCUGGGCCUACAUGUUUGAGAAGGUAAAAGCUGCAUCACUUAAACUCUAGAGGUUAGUACAGAAUUAAACAAACCCAGCUAUAAUGUGAGGAAAUAGUUUACAUGUAAGGUAGAGACACAGCUGAGCAAACCAGUCCAUUUUCAAUCUGUAUUAACCCCUUUGUAGGAGUAUUGCUUCAGAAUGCAAACCAUCUCAAACCUUGUAAACUUUACCUUUGUGUGCAGAGCACUUCAGCUGUAGUUACGUAUUUGCUAAGAAGUCAGCUCUGUCCUCUAGGUUAUUCAAACGUUGCAUGAAACUAGUGGGUUUUGUAGGAAUUGGUGUGGAAACUGAAUCAGUCAUUUAAAUCAAGUUCUCUUGGUGCUUUAUUUAAAUCAAAUAUUUAAAUUAUUAAUGUAAUUAAAGUACAUUUAUGUUUUGCUAUAGUCCAACUUAAUAUAAUAUAUAAACCUCUCUAUAAUAAAGAUACCUGCUUGGAAGC